AUGGCUCAGCUGUGUGAAAAGUGUGUGAAGGUGCUUCAGGACUUCGUGUCCCUUGUGAACAGGAUGUCCUCAAGUCUGAUACAGAACAUUAAGGAGUGUUUGAUUCUGAUAAGUGAAUGCUCUUGCCUAAAACGAAAGACCUCUGAAGCCAGACAGCUAUACAAACCUGUCCUUCAGCCACGUGAAAAGGAGAUGGCGUAAGAGUUUCUACAGCACAUUGAAACAGGUUUUGAAAUGUCACCAUUUGGAAAGGACUCCCUGGAAGCUCUGAGGACCUUAGCAUUUUCAGAAAACCCUGGUUUACAGCAGUCUGCUGCUCUGUAUUACUUGCAUAUGAGUCAGCACUUGAGCACCCAUCUGCCUGCUGAGCAUUUGGAAUCCUAUUAUGCUUUACUGCAGCCCAGUGACAUGGAGGUUCAGCAGAUGUCUUCCUUGUCCCUCUUAAAAUUUUUGCUGGAAGGAAACAAGUCCAACUGAGAGGCCAUCGGCUCAGCGGGAGUUAUACCCUUGCUGGCACUUGCCAACUCCUAUGAUUCUAGAGUCCAACAAAAUGCAGUUGGAGCUAUUCUCAACCUCACACGAUCAGAUACUUUCAAACGGAUCCAGCAAGUCCUGUGCAGGGAAGGAGUCCUCCCUGUCCUCAUCCUGAUGUUAGAAUCUCCUGACUCAGAAGUACAGUAUUAUAGUUGUGCAGCUUUAAGCAAUGUGGCAGCCAACUCUCAGCACCAUGAAGCCAUGUUGCGAGUUGGGGACAAAUUCCUUCUGCGGACACUCAUUUCUCUCCUGUCUUCAUCUGUGGACAAGGUUUCAAGCCAGGCAUGUGUUUGUCUGCGGAACUUGGCUACAAGUGUGAACAUUCAGGCUGACAUCAUUGCUAUGGACAUCCUGCCCAAGCUGCUCUCUCUCCUUGCAUCUAGCAAUUCAGAUGUUCAACAAGCUUCUAUUGCACUGCUCUGGAUAUUAUCCCAACACCCAGCCAACCAGGAUGCUUUAAUGCAUGGAGAGGUGCUGCAGAAUCUGGGGGUGCUACUGUUAACUCACCAAACGGACCCAGGGAUCGUUAGUCACACUGCCUGUAUCAUAAAAAAUCUGGGCCUUUGCAAAAACAUACAGGGAAUCAUUGAAAGACCAUGUGUGGAAGGACUCCUCCAGGCUAUCCUGUUUACUGAAAUUCAAGAAGAAUCUCUUAAUUACGUGACAUGUUCUCUUGGUGAGCUGGCAAAGCAUGAAGGUGCUACAUUACACUUGCUAGAAUGGAUGAUUGAUCCCCUGAUAAAGUGCCUAGUGAGAUUGGCUGGGCAACGGGAACAUACAGAGCCAUCAUUUCAAGCUGCCUCCAUUGUCCGACACAUGAUAUGUCAUGAUAAAGUGAUUUCUCUGCUGAAAUGCCACAUGGAGGAAGUUCAGUGCUACCUCAUGAAUUUUCUAAACCACCAAGAGAUUCGCUUUCAGCAGCUGGGUAUUUCUACGCUGGGCAAAUUACUGGAAGAUCCAGAAUUUUCAUCUGCAUUCAACCAGAGUCAAUUAAUGGAACAUCUUGAGCAAAUCCGUCAACAGACAGAAGAAACUCAGGAGCUCCUUAAGAUGGCUACCAGCCACAAAGGCAGUUAACAUUUUAUUUACUCACCUCAUGAAAUGCUAUUCCAGCCUGCAGCCUGAUCCCUCAGAAAGAGUAACUUUUUUUUUUUUUUUUUUUAUUACUACUUCUCAUAGCCAAUAUUUUCCUACCACUUGCAGUUCCACCCAACACAUAAUGACCCGGUGGAAUCAGGUACUUUAUACGGCCUUGAUGUUUUGAUAAUGGAGUACGGUCUAGAAAAAAGUUUGAAAAAACAUGUCAACUUACUCUAUUUAAAAUGUUUAAUGGCUACAUCUAUAUUUCUGCCAUGUACAUGGCUGAUAAAAUACCCAAUAUUGGCUAAACUUUGCAUGCAUCUUUUUGAACAUACAGUAAGUACUGUGUGUGUGUGUGAGGUUUUUUUUAUGUAAAAACCAAGUUUUAUUAAAUACACAUUCCUCCUAACACAUUUGUAUAUGCAAACUAUGCUAUGCUCUUUGAUAUUAACAAUAUUCUAUUACUAUUCAGUGUGUGUAUUCAUUAUUUCAUAGUCCUCAUAUCACUAAAGUGCCUGGAGCUACCUAACUAAAGAGAAAGAGAACUGAAUUAGAAUAUGAAAGAUGUAAAGGGCCACACGUUCACUGGUGAAGAACAGUGUACUCAGAGAAAGAAAAUGAUAGUAAUUAGUAAUAAAUAGAGUAAUGAACUUACUGGGGUUGGGUGUCAUCCAAACUACCACACUUUCAUACUACAAUGUCAGGAUAAGGAGCCUUAGGGUAAAUAACAAUCAUGCCCAUUGUAUGGAUUAUGUUUGAAAUACAGCAACAAGAUUUUUCAGUCAAGCUCGGUAGCAGCAAAAGUGACAAGUGUGGAAUGCUGAAAGUGAAAAAUCUAUGUCAGUGGACAAAAGAGGAAUGGUAAGAUUCAAGGCAUUAUCCGGUGAUAAAGUGUACUGCAUUUAAAAAAAAUGAGCAACAAACAAAUAAAAAGAAUAA